ACCACUUAAGUGAAGGUUUCGCUUGAAGAAUCUGUGAGUUAUGUGAAACUGUCGUCAGGGACGUCAAGCCAAAGAAUAUUCUCACCAUACUCUGUGAUCACCUGUGUAUGUCACUAAGAAGAAACAACCAAGAAAUAGCUGCGCCUUCGCAGGACUAUCUGCUGUGCCGACAGUGUGAAGAGUGUCAGGUUGUGAUGCGUUGGCUCGGUCACAUCGUGAUCAUGGUGCAUCGAGAGCACUGAAAUAGGACAGAUGAUUGUUCUUGUAGUGCUGUGAGUUCCGUGCAUCGAGGACAGUGCACUGUGAUGGAGAACGUAGCUGUGGCAGCCGUGAGUUCGUUGGAGGACAACGCCACCAUACGGGAGUACUUGGAACUCAGGCUGGGACCCCAGCACAUACUGCUGCCCAUCGUGAUCCCACUCACGGUACUCUACGUGGUGGUGUUCGUGAGCGGCGUGGUGGGCAACGUCACGGUGUGCCUGGUGAUUGCGCGCAACUCUCACUUCCAGACACCCACCAACUACUACCUCUUCUCGCUAGCCAUCUCGGAUCUGCUCAUACUCGUCUUCGGCCUGCCCAACGACCUGAAGCUCUACUGGCAACAGUACCCAUGGCGACUGGGCGAGGCUCUGUGUCGCUUCAGGGCCUUGGUGGCAGAAGCCACUUCGUACGCCUCAGUAUUGACCAUCGUGGCGUUCACCGCAGAACGUUACGUGGCCAUCUAUCACCCUCUCUUCCUGCAGACCACAUCAAGCCUGACUCGGGCCGUGCGCAUCAUCGCCAUCAUCUGGGUGGUGUCGCUGGUGAGCGCCGUACCGUUCGCCAUUUACACUCGGGUCAACUUCGUCGACUUCCCUGUUGGCUCGGGUCGCGUGGUGCCAGAGUCAGCUUUCUGCGCCCUACCGAUGGACACGACAGCGGUCAGCCUUCCCCUGCUGCAGUGCUCGACGUUCGCCUUCUUCUGCCUUCCCAUGACAGUCAUAGCAGUGCUGUACCUCAAGAUAGGAAUGCGGUUAAGGAGCCAGCCAGGACCCGGGCAGCAGGGGAGGCACCAGCGCAGACCAGUGCACAGAAUGCUAGUGGCGGUGGUCAUAGCGUUCUUCGUCUGCUGGGCUCCAUUCCACACCCAGCGCCUUCUGGUGGUGUACGUCAGCCCCACACAAUGGACUAUGGGCCUACGCACUCUCAACGAAGUGCUCUACUACACAGCCGGGUGUCUCUACUACUUCAGUGCCACAAUUAACCCGAUACUCUACUCGCUGAUGUCCGUCAAGUACCGAGAGGCAUUUCGCGACGCCCUCUGCACCCUGUCCAAGAAUAAACAGCGGCUCUCAGCUGGAGAUUUUGAUGCCGGUGCCACCGUAGUUAUCGUCGGUGCCGGCCACUCUAUAUUGGACAACACAAGGCUGAGCACGCUAAAGCCAUACUCGAUCGUCCAGCGCGUUGACACCGAGGAGGCAAACGUGGACACGGCUGCAGACAUAGCGAUGCGGGCCCUCAUCAUCCAGACGGUGCUCCGCGUUAGGCCUAACCAGGAACCGCCAUUGACGCCAAGUAUUAGCGAAGCUGACGAUAAGGAGAAAAUUCCCAUCAAGGAGAUCUCCUCCAGUGACAAGAGCCCUCUGCCUUCGGAGACGGUGGUGUGACUCUCUACCUUGGUGACUCUUGUAGGCAUAAACGCCAUACCCU